AUGGCCGCCGCCAUCACCAGCUGGGUGCUCAACCCAAUCCAAUCUUUGACAAUGUCUCGACCACGCACUCGCAAAUUAUGGUGCGCUGUCCCUAGCAAUCUUAGGGAGCCAUUCUCUGUUGCGUGUUUUUCAGACCAGGACGAUAUUGAGACACUCAAGGAGAAAAUAUGGGAGAAGAUAAAGGAAAGAAUCAAGGAUACUGCACCUCACUACAGCAAUCUCACUCUCUACAGCCCUGUGGUGCAACUCAAUCAUGAAGAGCAGUUCAGGAUUGAUGAUGGUGAAUUUCUACAUCCACGCCGAAUGAUUACAUCCAAUCCCCUCUUCCCAGAAAGCAAGGAUCCAGAUGUGGAUAUUGUUGUUGUUGUGAGCGGAGGUGCCACUCCACAGAAACAGAAGUGCUCGGAAUCACAACAUGCGAAUAUAUCUCAGACACAACCCAUCACAAAGGAUCCACAUGUAUGUCCUCGAGAGCGUACGGUGUCAAGACUCGCGGCCAUUUUGGAUGAAGUGAAUAUAGUCCAUGUGCGUGGAACUCCAGCCAGUGGGAAAACAUAUAUCUCUGAACUUCUGAGGCACCACUAUCGCAAAGGGGGAAGAAGGGUUUCCUUGAUCAAAAAAUGGGAAGGUCUUGAUUUCAAGAAUCCUUGGGACAGUCUUGUCAAGCUUGUUGAGAAAUGGAAUGAAGAACUAGGAGAUGCCCCCAUCACUACUUUCACCACGACUUCAUCAAAAUCCAAACAUGACCUCUCUUGGGUUCUGACAUCGAACACUGUUAUUCUCGUGGAUGAGGCACAGAUGACCUACAGUGAUGAUGUGCUCUGGAACACAAUCCUCAAAGGGAGACAGUCAUCUCUUUUUGGUUAUAAUUUUCGACUAUGUCUUUUCUGCUCUUAUGGCAGUCCAGAAGCAGGCCCAGAUCAAACAUUCUUCACUCCAGUCAGGCUUUCUAACCAACAAUGCAUCUCAUUGACGCCACAAAGCCAGCAAUACUCACCACCUAUUGGUUUAUUUUAUGACAAAGAAGAGUUCAGGGAUGUUGUUUCACGGUCAAUUCCAGUUGAGUAUCAAGAAACGUUCACUUUUGAUGAAGGUGCCCAGGACUACAUAUUUGCAUUAUCAAAUGGCCAUCCAGGAGCGGUUGAAUCCAUACUCAGCACACUUUUCCAGGCCUAUCGCCAUGACAUCAAGUAUAGACAUAUUAAGACCUUGACAGAAGAUCAUGUCAUUUGGUUCCUGGAGGACACCGCCACAGUCUUUCAAAAACUAAGCACGCAGCCAGUUAAUCGCUCUUUCCCAAAAAUACCAGAAGCUACUGGUGGGAUUUCAGAUGUGUUGAACAAAAUUACAGAGGAAGGAAGUAUUCCAUUUGAUAUCAAUGAUGCAAGCAUCAAAUUCUGUUAUCAGAAAGGCUGGAUUCACAGAGUAGCUCUGGGUGGUCAUGAUAUUGCAGUUCUGCCAUCGCGCUUACAUGAAAAAUACAUUGAAUAUUCAAUUGGCACAAUGUCACAGCGCCUGCCUGUCAGAUUCAACUCACUACCAACAUUAUGCAAAGAAAUCCUCAGCAAAUUCUCCAUCAUGAACUUAAGGCAUUCAGCUGAGGGCAAAAAAAUGUCAAGUGCAUCACAACCCAGACCUGUGGAAGCCCAAUACCAGGAUGAAUUCUACAGGGGAUUCAACCAUGUAGCAGGGCAAGGUGUACCGAUAUCCAGUGAAUGGUCAAGGACCAAGGAUGGUCGAGUGGAUUUCUAUAUCCCUGAAAAGAAAUGGGCUGUUGAAUUGUUGAGAGAUCAUGGAGAAGUUGAUGAACAUAUCUCUCGAUUCAAGGCAGGCGGAAAGUAUCAUCCCUGGCUGGAGGAGAAGAUGAUCAAAGAUUGGAUCAUAAUCGACUGUGCGACUUCUUUACCAACCAAAGGGUUCUCGGAGCCUAGGCUAUGGCAUGCUGUAUUCAUCAAUGAUUAUUCUGAAUUGCAGCUGUAUAACCAUCAGAAAGCUCUUAUAAUGUCUGUGCAUCUAUAUAAUUGA